AUGAAAGAAGAUACCCUUAGACGCCGGAAUAUCAAUGGCUCGCAAGUCAAGACAGUUGGAAACGGCCAUACCAGCCCAUCAAAGUCAGCCCCGAAGCCCCAAAAGCCGCCCUCCCUUCUCCGUCGCGGCAGGAAAUUCGCGGGUAAGCACACAUGGACAUUCCCAUUAGCGCUCAUGCUAGCCAUCCUCUCGGUAUACGUGCUCCAUCCGACCGAGUCGAAUCCAAUUUCUCAUUUCAUAUUCCUGUCUUACAAAGAGCCAUCCCUGGAUGGCGACCGAAACGCCCCCGCGCAGUAUGGCAAGGGUCUGUGGGACAUAGCGUUCGUGUCAUUCUACGUCAUCGUGCUAUCCUUCACGCGCGAAUUCAUCAUGCAGGAAAUCCUUCGGCCCUUCGCGGCCGCGCACAUCAAGUCGCGGGGAAAACAGACCCGCUUCAUGGAGCAGGUGUACACCGCGAUAUACUUCGGAGUACUGGGUCCCGCGGGGUUGUAUGUCAUGCGCCAGACGCCGGUGUGGUACUUCAACACGCGCGGCAUGUACGAGCUCUUCCCGCACAGGACCCAUGCGGCGGAGUUCAAGGCGUACUACUUGUUCGAGGCGGCGUAUUGGGCGCAGCAGGCGGUUGUUAUGCUGCUGGGGAUGGAGAAGCGGCGGAAGGACUUUAUGGAGCUUGUUGCGCAUCACAUUGUCACACUGAUUCUUAUUGCCCUCAGCUAUCGCUUUCACUUUACGUAUAUGGGCAUUGCUGUUUAUAUCACACAUGAUAUUAGUGAUUUCUUCCUCGCCGUUUCGAAAUCCCUCCAUUACAUAGCCCCGGACAUAAUGGUGCCCUUCUACGCAACCUCCGUCGGCAGCUGGAUAUAUCUCCGCCAUGUACUAAAUCUCCGGAUCCUUUAUUCCCUUCUAAACGAGUUCCAAACCGUCGGCCCCUACGAGCUCAACUGGGAGACUCAACAGUACAAGUGCUGGAUCUCCAACAUCAUCACCUUCGCACUGCUGGCUGUACUCCAGGCGCUGAAUCUUUUCUGGUUGUACUGCCUGCUGCGCAGCGCUCUAAAGUUCCUCCUGACGGGGGAGAAGAAGGACGAUCGCUCCGAGUCGGAUGAGUCUGAGAUUGAGCAGGAAUACAAGGUUAGUGGGGAUAUCAAUGGCCAUGCUUUGAAUGGCAGUGCAUUGCCCAAUGGCAAGCCUCAGUGUGCCGCUGAUGGCGUUGAUAUCUCUGUCAAGGCGCCCUAA